UGGCUGUGGGAUCCUGAAGGGAACUCUCCUGAGUGAGGCUCACAAUGGCCUGCAAGAAGUGGUGCUCCAGUGGCCAGACCAAGUGGAUCCUUGCUGGCAGUGUCAGUGUGACGCUGGUGUUGGCCAUUUCGAUGAUCCUGGGCCUAACCCUGCAUCAGGGCACCCUUCCAGGCUGUGAGAACGAGGCGGUUUGCCGUCCUGAUGCUGACAUGCUGGACUACAUGCUGAGCACAGGCCAGAUCAGUCACCGGGAUGGCCUGCUGGUCACCUGGUACCACGCAGCCAACAGCAAGAAAGCAAUGGAGGACGCCUUGAACAGUGAUGUCAUGGUCUUAGAAGCAGAUGUCACCGUAGAAGGGUUCAACACAGUCAAUGAAACCGAGGUGCCCAUUAUGGCCCACCCUCCAGCCAUCUACAGUGACAACACCCUGCAGGAAUGGCUGGAAGCUGUACUGACCUCAUCUCAGAAGGGCAUCAAACUGGACUUCAAGAGUCUCAAGGCUGUAGGCCCCUCCCUGGACCUCCUUCGGCAGCUGACUGAGGCUGGCAGGAUUCGGAGACCGGUGUGGAUCAAUGCUGACAUCCUGAGGGGCCCCAAUGUGCCCAUCUCAAUUGAGAUCAAUGCUACCCAGUUUCUGGCACUUGUCCAGGAGAAGUAUCCAAAUGUCACCAUUUCUCCAGGCUUUACCACUCUUUAUGUGCCUCAGUUGCCAAACAGCACAUACACCCAAGCCAUGGUGGAGACAAUGCAAGAACUGGUCAGAGCGCUGCCACAGAAGGUCACCUUCCCAGUGCGGGCUGUCAUGGCACGGGCUGCUUGGCCUCACUUCAGCUGGCUUCUGAGCCAAUCUGAGAGGUACAGCCUGACACUGUGGCAGGGUGCCUCAGACCCCGUGUCAGUAGAAGAUCUCCUCUUCAUCCGGGACAACAGUGCCACUCACCAGAUCUACUAUGACCUCUUUGAGCCUGUCUUUUCACAGUUUAAGCAGCUGGCCUUGAACAGCACCCGGAAGCGAACCUACUACACAGGUGGCAGCCUGAUCCCUCUUCUCCAGCAGCCCAAGGGUGAUGGUCUGGAGGUAGAGUGGCUGGCUCUGGGAACGAAUGGCACAGGGAGAAGAGCAGCCAUUGCUGUCCCUGAUAAAGAAGGGAUGAUCCUACUGGAUGUUGGCCUCCAGGAACCUGAGGCUGGGAACCCUGUGCCCAUCCUGCGUGCCCUGGGUGGUCCUGUUCUGACACUGGAGUCAUGUCUGCUGCACCUGGCUGUUCACCCCAGGCGCUGGGGCAUCCAUGUGAACAUAGUGGAACCCGCAGCUCUCCGGCCAUCCCUGGCCACAUUAGCACACCUCUCCACCCUUGGCCAUCUGCCCUGGCCUGUGUGGGUGGGAGCCACAGUCUCAUAUGGUAGUUUUGUGGUCCCUGGCCACAUAGCUGGCAGAGAACUGCUCACAGCUGUGGCUGAAGUUUUCCCCCAUGUGACUGUGGCACCAGGCUGGCCUGAAGAGAUGCUGGGCAGUGGCUAUCAGGAGCAGAUGGUUACAGAUAUGCUGGAGCUGUGUCAGGGACUCCGUCAACCUGUGUCCUUCCAGCUGCAGGCUGAGCCACUGGGCCAGAGUCCAGCCAAAACUGUGGCUAGGCUACUGGCUUCUUCCCCUAGAGCCACUGUCACCGUGUACCACAGCCUUGCUGGGAACAGCCAUACGGAUGUGUGGGCUGGAUUGUGGGUGGCCAGGGCCGUGGACAGGACCCGAGUCUAUUACAGGAUACCACAUGAGUACAGGAAAGACUUGCAGGCAGAUGUGAACAGGUACCAACCAUCCAGUAGGACUGGACCGUCUAAUGUGGAAGGCUUCCAUGGGGAGUCAAGGUGAAUAAAUGCCUCUGCUUUGCUCCA